UUGCAGUUCUGUUAUAUGCACUGAUAAAAAGCAGCCAUGAAUCCAAAACAAACCUAUAAAAAUGCACGUUAUCGAAAAAGCCAGAUAACCUAGAGUAUAAAAACUGGCCGCAUCCCUUUUGAAGACAGAUCUCGUACACUCGUCAAACAUCAAGAAAUUACCUCAGAAAAUGAAUCCAGCUGUGGUGGUCCUGCUUUCCGGCAUGGUCGUUUUGGCCCAAGGAAUGAUCGUCGAUCCUGUGACCGCCCCCAUUGCCGUAACUGGAAGUUUUCGAGGACCGUUUGAGAUUGAAAAGUUCAACAGAUGUUUCGGUGGAGUUUGCAUUCCUGACGCUCUAUCCUGCAUCGGUGGAGACUGUGACAUGCUGACUGGAGAUGUAAUCAAGAAGGCAUUAUUUGUAGAUGUCGCCAGGAAACUACAAAAAGCUAAACUGCUCGAACAGAUGAAUGCUGAGAUCAACCUGGAUACUGACAAAGGUUUGUGGUACACGAUUGACUCGACCAGAGACAAAGUUUGCGGACCUAGAGGCUGCGUCUUCACUGGAAACCCUAUAAUUAAGUCUUUAAUUGGUGGUGCUUUUUAGAAUUGUGAACUUUCAGUUGGCUUAUUAAUCAUUUGUUAAUACUAUCCAGGUCUUUUGAAUAAAGGUGCUGGAUUUAUAA